UUUUGUCAACGUAAAACACACACAGCGCAUAGCUACACAGGCGAGCACCAUAUAUAAAGUGUGAAGUUAGUUAACUCUAAAUUGGGAACGAGUGGCAAAAUGCACAACAACAUUCACGACGAACUGUGAGAACUGCAACUGAGACUCGCAACGCUACAAACAAAAGUUCCAACAAGAGUUUUGCUGCCCGCUGCCCUGCUUCCAAUUUCCAAUAAGAAAGAAGUGCGAGCAAAAAGAGCAUACGGUGUAAAAGGCAAAAAAGGCAACAAUAAAAAAAAAACGCAAGAGCAAAAGCAACACAAAAUACAAAAGUAGCCAAAAAAAAAAAGAAUAAAAAUGACAAUCGUUCAAUAUCAAGUGGCAUAUUGACGACGCACAUUGGGCGCUCCUCCGAACAAAAUGCCCAGGAUCAGCACUUGCAGGCCAAGUGAUGAAUGUGUAGCUAACGGUAAUCAUAAUAAUGCUACUGGCAGCACCAGCAACAACGGUAACAACAACAACAACAAUGACAACAACAACAGGAGCAGCAGCAGCAGCAACAGCGCCAUUGUUAAACAGGAAUUUGAUGCAACGCCGCCCGUUUGCCACAGAAAAUCGGAGCGUCGAAAAAUAGCACGCGACAUUUUCCUUGUGUUCGAGGAGCAGCCGACGCGGCGUCGUCGCGGCGGACGUGGCGGUGCCCGUGGCACGAGGGCCAAACAAAAAUUUGGCCAUCUAAAAGUGGCGAAUACGCCGCGCCUCAACAAGCAUGUCCUGCGCGACAUCAAAACGGAACCAAAGUGCAGCACAGCAGCUGCAACAGCUUCAGCUGGAGCUGAAGUAGCAACAACAACGUUGCCUGUUGUCCAGGAGCCACAGCCUGAAGCUGAGCAGGUGGAGCAGGAGCAGCAGCUGGAGGAAGAUGAGGAGGAGCCUGAAAAGCUGCCGCUUAAAAUGGCCGCAGUGAAACUUGAAACCAAAACAUCAGCAGCAAUAACAUCAAAAGCAGCAGCAACAGCUGAAGCAGCAGCAACAGCACCAGCAGCUGUUGCUCCCAGCCACACGCCGACAACAACGGCACGAACAACGCCCAGCGUUAAUCCGAUCUUUCUGUGGGUCAAGCAGGACGAUACACGCAUUGUGGAGGUACGCUGCGAGGAUUAUGAUAAACGCAAUCGGAUACGUUUGACCAAGACGACGAAUGGUUGGCGUUCUAUGCCACGCACCGACGCCUCGUCCAGUCGCAUUGUCAAGUUCUUCCACAGCACAGCGGGUGCGGCGGCAGCGAUGACGACGGCGGCAACGUCGCCCUUGAUCAAGGUCAAGCGGGAGCAGCUGCAGCAACAGCAAUCAUUCGAGGAGCACGAGCAGGAGGCGCAAGAAGAGCAGCUGCAGCAGCCACAACAACAGCAACAACAACAUGCUUGGACUGUUAUUGAAGAGCAGGCGCCACAGCAGCAGCAGGAACAGGAGCAGGAGGAGAUCAGCAAUCUGACGGUUAUUGAAGAUGUUGUCGUUAUACCGCCUGCCCAGCAACAGCAGCUGGAGGAGGAGGAAGAGCAACAACAACAACAAUUUUCAAGGACUCCGCCGGCGGAAGUCUGUUUCGAUGGUCUGCUGGACGGCGAGACGAAUGCAUCGACCAAGGCGACCAAGACCAGCAGUAGUAAUCCCAAUACGCCCACAUAUCAAAGCUCCCACUCCCGCUCCCGUUCGCGAUCCCGAUCGUCUUCAGCCGGCUCGGCGCCGCUGGAGCUGCAGCUGUGCCCCAAAACGGGUCUGUUUCUGACCAAUGUGCCUGGCCAGGAGUCCGAGGAGCCGCCUGAUGACACAGAUGAUGAGUUGCAGGCGCAACAACAACAUCAUCAUCAAUCGGUCAAACAAGACUUGUCCAGUCUCGAUGCGAAUACGAAGCAGCUGAAAGAUCUGCUGGACGAAGCCGAUGAUCUGCUGCAGCAUUGCAGCAGCGAAAAUGGCAGCAGCAACGGCGCCGAUCUGCUCGACUCCCUGGUGAAGCGUAGCUGCGAGGACAACCUGAUGCACCAGCAGCAACAACAGCAGCAGCAGCAAUCUCAAUCAGCAACAGCAACAGUUGCUGCUGGCGCCGGCUUGAGUGCGUUUUGUGUGCCCGAUGUGAUUUCUGGUAAGGAGCUGCCCAGUAUUCUGGGCAUGGACAGUGCGGAUGAUGCGCCCAAAUGUCUGUCGUUCAAUGAGGCCGGCGAGAUUGAGGGCCUCCAUGGAGAUCUCUUCCUCAACAUUGACUCCUUUGACAAACAGCCAGAAGUGGUUGUCGAGGAGGAGGUGGAGGAGGAGGAGGAAUUGGAAUCGGUGACCGAGGCCGACACUGUGCUCCUAACCAAGGAAAAGGAAUCGUCGUCCUCGUCAUCGCCACUGCCACUGACUCUGACGCUGACUGUGCCCGAUGAGACGCCCAAGGAUUUGAGCUAUAAGAAGCGCGAGGAAGUCUGUCCGCCCUCGGAGUCCAGGAGUCAGUGUGCCGUCACCUCCAGUUCGGAUGUACUAAAAUCAAAGUCACCCGAACCGGAACUGCUGCAGCUGCCCGCGACAACAAUUCCCGCCGAGGUGGAGACAACAUCGGAGACGAUCAAGCAUCUGAUACUGGAACAGUUUCUCAAACUCAACGGCAAUGCACAGCAGCAGGCCGAACCCAUGGAUCUGGGUAAGGCGGCGGCGGCAGCAGCGGCAGCGUCGACCGGCGGGGAUAAGCUCCAAACGGUAGUCAUCGAUGAUGAGGAUGAUGAGCCGGCGGAUGCGACGGAGCCAAGCCAUGAACCCUUGAAAAAGCGAGCGAAACCCAUCAAAAUGGAUAAGGAUCCGGAUGCAUUGACCCAACUGAAGAUGCUCAUCAGCAAUCCGCAGUGGAAGGUGCCCGAUCCCAUACUCGUGCCAAAGGAUCGAUUGGGUGCCGUUUUGGCCUCGCCGGCCCGUGAGAUUCCAUUGCUAUUGACCACGCGACCGGAGUUGCGGUUGCCGGAAGCCUUCGCCUAUCCGCAGAUCAUUCAGAAUCCGAACAUACUUGUCGUCACCAUGGAGCAACUGGAGGCUAUUUUGCGCAAUGAGGCGGAUCAAUCAACUACCAAAUCGCAAGUCAAGUUGGGUCUUGCGCCUCAGCAGUUGGCCACCAAUCAGCCAGUGGUCGGCCGCUCGCCCGCACCGACGCCACCCGAGCUGCCGAGCAGCAAAUCUCUCGCCAGUCCAAGUCCCCGCCCCAGUGCCAGUCCAGCUGUCAUCAAAACAACAAUUCAACCUUCUCCAUUGCAGCAACAGCAACAAUUGCCACACAAAACACAUACACCUGGCAACCCGACCAAUGCUGCAACAGCUGCAGUGCCUCCAUCGCUCAUUUCACCAGCAGCAGAUUCGAGUAUGUCCACGGAGCUGAACGCGACAACGUUGGCACUGCUGCAACAGAUGCUUUGGUUGCCCUACUUUGGCCAGUUGUCGCAGGAGUUCUUCAAAUCCCUGAAGGAUCCCCUCGGAUUGCAGCGCAAAUUUAUGAGCAAUUUGCUGUACAAUAGCCAGUUUGGACUGCAGCAUCUGGAUGAGCUGUACAAGCACUGCCUCAAACAGAAGCCCAGCUCCAGCGAGGAUACGACGACGCCUUCUUCCUUUUCCGCGUCUGCGCCAGCUCCAGCACCUGCUCCGAAGUCAGCGCCGCCUGCAGCUGCCUAUAAUGGGUUUAGCAAUCCCAUGGAGCUGGCCUUUAUGCAGAAACUACUCCAACAACAACAGCAGCAGCAACAACAAUCGCAGCAGCAGCAACAAAACCAGCAGCCACUUACUAACAAGGAUCCCUCCUCGCAUCAUCAACAUCAUCAUCAUCUGGAGCACAAGCGCGCCCGACGUGAUCCGGAAGCCACGCCCCUUCACAUACCCGACUUUAAUAGCAACUACAACAGCAACAACAAGCAGCAGCAGCAGCAACAAUCAAAGGCGCCAGCAACUGUCGCUGCUGCUGCUGCUGCUGCCACGCCACCAGCAAUAGCUGCUCCUGUUGUUCCCGCUGCUACUGCUGCUACUGCUACUGCUACACCGGCAUCGACUCCACCCGUGGAGCACAAGCCGCGCCUUACCUGCAAAUCUCUUUCGAAUCUGCUGGAACCGGAAAGCAAUAUGGUGCCACUACUCAAUGUGCCCUUCGAUGCACUGCGUCUGCGCGGGCUCCACAAGACGACGACGCCGACGACGACAACAACGACACCGGAGCCGCCGAACAGUGGACGCCAGCUGCGCAGCAGCAAGGCCUGCGUCACCUACAAUCCGCAAUCACAAUCUCAGCUCCAGCUGCAGCAGCAACUGCAUCAGCGCAAGCGGGGUAACAUGUUGCCACACGACGUCCAACAGCAACAUCUACAACAGCACCAGCAGCACCAGCAACACCACCAGCAUCAGCAGCAGCAGCAACAACAUUUGGCGGAGGCAGCCGCUGCAGCAGCAGCUGCUGGUGGCGCCACCAUGGAUGCCAGUGGAGCACUGUGGCAUCCUCUCUUUGCCAGCAAUCCCAAGCAGGGCUACAACAGCCCCUGGCAAUGGACGACGGUGACGGCCACCGGGGAAUGACAGUCAAGUCGGGCUCACAAGGAGCCAGCAGCAGCAGCAGCGGCAGCAGCAAACGCAGCCAACAACAGCAGCAACAGCUACGAGGAUCAACAUCAUCAGCAGCAACAGCUUGACUACAGCAGCAGCAGCAACAGCAACAGUGGUGGUUGCAACUACCACAAUGCAGCAACAGCAGCUGCAACAGUCAAGCAACUGCCAGCAACAACAGCAGCAGUUAAAAAUCAAAGCAACAACUUUUGUUAUCCGACAGCAGCAGCUGCUGCCAUGGAGAAUAUGUUCCAAAGCAAUCAGUUGCUUAAUUCGUAUUUGUAUCAGAAGCAUGAUGCUGCUGCUGCUGAUGCCACUGCUGGCUACAUGGCGGAGCAGAGCUACUGGCAGCAGCAGCAGCAACACCAGCAGCAGCAGCAGCAACAGCACCAGCAGCAACAGCAGCAUCAACACCAGCAACACCAUCAAAAGCUGCAGCAACAGCAGCAACAUUGGAACAAUCACAACAGCAAUCAGCGCAACAACAACAGCAGCAACAGUUAUGCGAACAACUAUGCAGCUGCAGCAGCUGCUUCGAUGUACAUGCAACACUUUAAUCCCUACAUGCAACAAAAGGCUGCGCUGCUCGCCGAGAAGGCGGCACAAGCUGCCGCCGCUGCAGCAGCAGCAGCACACGGCGGUGGCGGUGGCAGCAGCAACAAGCAUGGCCGAUAUGCCGGCGACUAUGGCUAGAAGCUGGAUGUGGCUGCUCGACAGAUGAGGAGGAGACAUGAGGAGUAGGAGGAGGAGGACCGCGUUCAUAUAACCAAAACACUUGCAUAUUAACAUAAACAUAAACAUAAAGAAAAACAAAAAACACAUAUAGUAUAUAAUAAUGACUACGUGGAUAACACACAGCUAUACUUGAGUAUACAUUUAGAGGCGAAGCAUAUUGGCCAUUUUAUCGUCAAGGAAUUGCUAAGGAAUAUUUAUCCUUAAUUUAAAAAAAACAACACAGCAACAUCAACAACAACAAGGUAACCGGA